UAUCAUUCAUGGCAGUGCAGUUAUUGGAACAUUUUACAAUUAUACACAGCUUACAGUUUUCUUAAACAUUCAUUAAAAUAGUGCUAUAUUACACCAUAGUUCUAAUUAAGUGAAUCAUUUUUGGUUUAAAUUGUCUUGUGAUUUUUGACCUUUAUUAUAUUUCGAGGCAAAAUGAGGUCAUUUGAUGUGCUGUUGCUUUUGAUGAUAGCAUAUACAUGCGUAACAGUGAACGGUCUAUAUUUUCGAGUCAACAAAUCGAUUGAAAGUAAUUGGUGGUCGAACACAAUAAUGUAUCAAGUGUAUCCAAGAUCGUUUAAAGACAGUAACAAAGAUGGUAUAGGUGACUUAAAAGGUAUUACACAGAAACUAGAUCAUUUUACAGAUCUUAAUAUAGAGACAAUAUGGAUUGGUCCAUUAUUCAAAUCACCUAUGGAUGAUAUGGGAUAUGAUGCAGAAGACUUUAGAAUGAUAGACCCAGUAUAUGGUACAAUGGACGAUUUUAAUGAAUUAGUUUUAGAAAUGAAGAAAAGAAAUCUUAAACUUAUAACUGACUUUAUACCCAAUCAUUCAAGUUAUAAAUGCGAAUGGUUUCAAAAAUCAAUAAAACGAGAAGGAAAAUACGCAGACUAUUACGUGUGGCGUAACGCUUCAAACCAAGAGGAAAUAAUGAGUAAUUCUUCGAUAAAGCCAAGACCGCCAAAUAACUGGUUAAAUGUAUUUGGAGGCUCUGGCUGGACUUGGAAUACUGAACGAAAACAAUUUUAUUAUCAUCAAUUCAGUCCAAAACAGCCGGAUUUUAAUAUAAGAAACUCCGAUGUUCAAAAAGAAUUGUUGGAUAUAAUUGAAUUUUGGAUGGAUAAAGGCGUUGUUGGAUUUCGAUUUGAUGCUCUCCGGCAUUUAUAUGAAAGUGAUUCUUUUCUUAAUGAAACUUGUUUAACAAAUCAGGACGAAUGUUCUACAAACUACGAUAGCUUGAAACAUACAUAUACAAUAGAUCAACCAGAAACCAUUGAUAUUCUUAUGGAAUGGAGAGAACACAUAGAUAAUCUAACGAGAUUGAAAAAUAUAUCAAUUUCCAGUUUUAUAGCCACAGAAUCCUACUCACCGAUAAAUGUAUUAAAGCAAUACUACGGAAAUGCAACAAAACCUGGUGCUCAAGUACCGUUUAACUUCGGGUUAAUAGUUCUUGAUAAAAAUAAUAUAAUCGAAUCAAUAGAAAAAGUAAUUGGAAACUGGCUAGAUAAUAUGCCUGAAAACCAGGUGGCCAACUGGGUGGUUGAAAAUCAUGACAAUCCUAGGUUGUCAACACUAUAUGGUGCUCAAAUGGUUCCACUCUUUACAGCUUUAAAAUUAUCUCUUCCCGGUAUAGAAGUUACAUACUAUGGAAGUGAAAUUGGUAUGGACAAUACGUAUGUAAGACCCGAUCAAAUAAAAGAUCCUAAUAAUUCGGCAAAAGGAACAUCGUCUACGUCUAGAGAUUAUGAAAGAUGCCCAAUGCAAUGGGAUAGUUCAAUAAACGCAGGAUUUACCGAAGAAAAGCAACCUUGGUUACCAGUAAACCCAAAUUAUUAUAAAGUUAACGUUGAAGAUCAGAAAAAAAUUCCAACUAGCAACUAUAAUUUUUAUAAAAAAAUGUCUCAACUUCGAAAAACCGAUACAUUAAAAAAUGGUGAUCUUCAGACAUAUAAUAUCACUAAAUCGAUUUAUAUUUUAAAACGGUCAUUAUUGGAACAUGAAUCGUAUUUGGUCGUAAUGAAUUUUGGCAGUGAAACUGAAACCGUCAUAUUGUCCAAUGUCGUGAAUGACCUCAAAAACGAAUUAUACGUAUAUUUAGGAAGUGAAAAUUCCAUAUACAGACCAGGAAACAUCGUAUCAACCGUAUCAUCGUCUGGCAAUCCAUUAACACUAAGACCACAAUCUGUAGUCGUAUUAACAGAUAAAUAUAUUGCAACUGAAACACCGAC